GAGAGAGAGCAACGCGGAGGAGUGAUGCGCUGGGAUCGCGUUUUGAGUCGAGUUUAGGUUGAGAUUGUGGGGAUUUUGCAUGAAAAGGCGUUCAAGUGUUUGGUGGAGCCACACAUAUAUUAUCAUUUGAUCAUGUUGGGUUGGUAAGCCUUGUAACAAGUGGAUUAGAAACAAGGUACCAUCUGCUGCAGGGUCAGCUGUCCCCCUUCAGGAAAUAAUCAGCGCUCAGCAGUGCACCUGCCAUAUUCUCCAGCUCCAUCUGUGUAUCAGUGACUGACAGUGUCGAUCGACGCCUGUGUGCCUGUCGGUCUGCAUCCCACCUCGACCUCCGCCGGAGAUUCGUCUGCCGGCGCUCGUCUGACCGUCUGCCGGCGCUCGCUGACCCUCUGCGCCCCGCUGAGGAGCGGGCCGGGCGCCCGGGCUCUCCGCCAUGGAGGAGGACCGUGACGGCCUGUGGCGACAGGCGGUGGAGUGGCUGACGGCCUUCGGCGUGCUGCCGGCCGACCACCGCUGCUGCUCGCCGGACAGCAAGCUGAUCGACCUGCUGUACACCCUGCGGGACGGCGUGCUGCUCUGCCACCUGCUGCACAAGAUCGACCCGGCCUCGCUCGACUUCCGGGACGUCAGUCUGAAGCCGCAGAUGGCCCAGUUUUUGUGCGCCAAGAAUAUCCGUACAUUUUUGCUCAGCUGCAGCAAGCACUAUAACAUCCGAGAGGCGGAUCUUUUCGACCCGAGUAUGCUCUUCGACUACACGGACUUCGGCAAGGUGCUACGAACGCUGUCGGUGCUGUCGCACACACCCAAGGCGCUGUCCAGAGGAGUCCCGGGGUUCCCGGCCGACGCGGACCAGACAUCUGAGUUCGAGGAGCCCAUCUACCGGCAUUUAGACGAGCAGGCCAACGUGGAUGACCGAAUUCUCUCGGAUCGACUGCGUAGCCAUUUAAUUCGAAGGCGCUCCAAUGGCAGAAUGGAGGAGAAUAUUUACGAAGACCUCUGCUAUGUAUCGCUCAAAGAUAAGCCGGUGACGGCCAAGGCGCCGCUGGAGAAGCGCGACUACUGUCUGAACGAGCUGCUGGAGACGGAGGCCAACUACGUCUCGGUCCUGGAGAUGCUCCGCGAGAAGUUCAUGGAGCCGCUGCGACCGCUGCUGGGGCCUGACCACACGGUCGCCAUCUUCCAGGGUAUUCAGGAUCUGGAGGAGAUCCACAAGCGGUUCCACCGUGACCUGGUGGAAGCGUGUCGACCCGACUCCGGUACGCGCAUCUCGACCGUGUUUCUGCAGAACAAGAGCCGGUUUCUGCUGUACGGUGACUACUGCUCAAACCUCCAGCCGGCCCAGGAGCUGAUAGACGACCUCUGCGAAAAGGAUGAAACGCUCAACCAGAAAGUGGCGAAAUGUCAAAUGGAGGCGAACGGCGGGAAGUUCAAGCUGCGCGACCUUCUCUCGGUGCCCAUGCAGCGGAUACUCAAGUACGAGAUUCUGCUCCGGGAGCUGCUCAAACACACGAUGCAGUCUCUGCACAGUGACGACCACAGCGGUCUGGAGCGGGCCCUGAGCGCCAUGAGAGACGUGGCAGAGUACAUCAACGAGGUGAAACGCGACAACGAAACGCUGCAGAUCAUGAACGACAUCCAGAACUCGAUUACCGACUGGCCCCUGGAGGACGGCGCGUUCCGAUCGGUUCGCGACUGCGGCAGGUUGCUCAAAGAUGGAGAGAUCAAGAUCAAAUGUCACCCGGACAAUAAGAUGAAGCUGAGAUAUGUGUUCAUUUUUGACGAGAUUUUCCUAAUGUGCAAGUCGACUAGGCGCUCACAGCUUUUCACCACCCCCAAACGCUGGAGCGCCGGCAAACUGGACGAAAAGGAUGCGCUCGCUCUUGGCGAGCAGUACUGCUACAAGGACUCGCUACGGAUUAGGGACUUCUACCUCGACGACAAGUCUCAACGGACCGAGGCGCGCUGGUCGCACUCGUGGCACCUGGUUCACAAGGAGCGCAAAACCGUCUACCAGCUGUUCGCCAAGACGGAGGAGAUGAAACGCAUCUGGAUCAAGGCCAUCGAAGAGGCGCUGGAGCACGUGGACCCCAGUGAGAACAAGUACACGGACCACACCUUCUCACUGACCACGUUCAGCGGGCCCGAGGAGUGCGAUACCUGCCUCAAACUGCUCAAAGGCAUCUUCCUACAGGGCUACCGGUGCUCACAGUGCCAGCGGAAGGCGCACAAACACUGUAUCCAGGCGAGUGGCAUGUGCGGGGCCCGCCAGCCGCCCAGCCUGCCUCCGCGGCCACCGCAGGCCGAGGACAGCGAGGCUGACGUGUGUGCCGUGCAGCUGCCCAGUCGCUCGGCGCCUACACACCACCAGCUGCGUCGGCACGCCACCCUCCCCCGCUCCCCGCCUGCUCUGCGCCUCAGUGAAUGUCGUGAUGAGCGUUCGGCUGGCUUUCAGGGGUCGCCGAUGAAUGGCCGCUACACCACCCCACGCACGCGUCCGGCGUCAUCGCUGUCGGCCUCGCGCAGUCUAUCCUCCUCGGGCACGGGCGAGUCGGCCGUGAGCUCACCGGUCAUCAGUCUGACGCACCAGCCCGACUACGUGAAUCUGAGUGAGGAGGAGCAGCCCUGGUGGGCCGGCGAGAUGGACCGAGUCGAGGCGGAGCGCGCGCUCGAGAACCGCGCGCCGGGUACCUUCCUGGUGCGCGUCUCGGCGGCGCAGGACAACAAGACUGUGCUCAGUCUACGAGCGGCGGAGAAGGUGAGCCACAUGAAGAUCCGCCAGAGUGACGACACGCCGACCCGUUACAGUCUCAGUCCGGCGCGGCUGUUCCCGUCCAUCACCCAGCUGGUGCAGUACUACCAGCACAACAGCCUCUCGGAAAACUUCUCCGGACUGCUGAUGUCGCUGGGGCGGCCGCUGCGCCAGGACGACCGGGCCGUCGUCAAGUUUAAAUACACACCGAACGGCCGGGCACCUAAUAUGCUGCCGUUGAACGUCGGAGACGAGGUGGUCAUCCUGUCGCGCGACAGCGAGUCGCAGGGCUGGUGGAAGGGACGCAUCGGCGAUAGGAUGGGUUACUUCCCCAAGUCGUACGUGCAGGAGCUCGGCUGAGACGGUGCUAGUGUUUUGUUGGUGUGUGUUAGUAGAGGCAUUACGCUUGACUGCGUUUAGUUAGAAUAUCACUCACUGAGAAUUUUUUGUGUAAAUGAGUGCAACAUGGAGGUCUGUGUAUGUUGAUGUCUGUGCCAAAACCAGAAAUAAGCGCAUGCUCACCCAAUAUGAAUUUUGUCUUGUAUAUCGCACAUGUAUGUGUGUGCGCGUGUCUGUAUGCGCGUGAGCCGAGUUACCGACGCGUGUUGCCGGUCAGCCAGUGUCCAAAGGCGGGAAGGAUUGUGAUAUUUUGACCGGCGCGCCCGCUUCUCCCCGCCGCUGGGGGCGCGGCGGUCGCGGCUCGUUCGACCACGUAAUGUGUGCAUUCCUGUGCGCGGCGCGGCGGCCGGCACCGAGAUUACCUCCUGUUGUGUGGCGCGCUGGCCGCCCGGGUGUGGCCGGGCCGCUCUGGGUGUCGCUGCCCGGCACCGGCCGGUCGGCGAGCUGUGAGGCGCGCCUGCGGGCGCCGCGGUGCUCAGACGGUGCGCGGCGAGACCGCACCGUCACGCUUUAUACGUUUUGUUUACGCACUCAAGUGAUAUAUGAAGUUGUGCGGCUGCACCGGGGCGCCGGCGGCGGGCAUUGGGCGGUGCUUCAGGUCCUCCAGAGGUGGCCGCCGCUGGACAGAGCUUACCAGCUGCGGGGCGCGUCAGUGUCCAUGUGUUCGCUGCUGCAAAUAGACUACUCUCUCGAA